AUGCUGACAUUGUCCAAAAUUUGGGAUAAUUUGGCUCCCGCUCGUGUGCCGGAUGGAGGUGCAAGCAUCCAUGCUGGCUCUGCCAGCUCCUCUGACUCGGCACUUUACUUCAAGACUACGCACAAGGCCUCCGGAAAGGGGCUGCGGCCACGGAUCGAAGCCUACUGCUUCCCAUCGGUCGGCGGGAGUUUCGGAGACCUACCCUCUGGCCUGGACUUGGCCACAGAUUCACCCCAAGGCUUUCUCCCGCCGACUGCAACGAUCAAAUCAACAGAAGAAUCUCCGAUCCUCCCACCUCAUGGGACGCAGAACUUCGGAUCUCGAAACUUGCCGCCACAAGGCACCCUGAGCCCAAAUGCCAUGGCUGAUCUGAUGCCUACCCCACCCUCGCAGCAGGGCUACCUGGGAGGCACGCCACAAAGUCUUGGCUAUGGCGAUCUUUCGCUGGGCGACGACCGGGACCGGGAGGCGAAGAAGAAAAAGAAGAAGAAGAAGGAUCCUGGUCCAAGCCAGGAUGAAGACCUUAGCAGAACUCGGGAGGCACAAAAUGCUUCGCCUUUGCGCCAAAGGGAAUUACUUCAGCUUCCUCAGGAGAAGAGGAGGGAGCGCGCGCGGCCCAGUGAGGAACAGGACGAUUCGAGCCUUCCAACCUAUGUGCCGGCAGCCACGCGAGCUGGUGCCGCCCUGACCGGCAGUCUGGAGGGAAGCAAGCUCCUUUUAAGAAUCCUGCGUGCUUACAACCUUCGGAAUACCGACUUGGGAAUUUUGCCCGAAGACGCCUCGGAUCCCUUUGCGGUGGCGAGGAUUGGGCCAAAGGAUUUCAAGACCCACGUCGUUGAGAACAGUCUCAAUCCCAUAUGGAAUUCACAGCAGUUCGAGUUCACUUUGCAAGACGAAGAAGAGCCGAAGCUUCAGCUGGAGGUCUUCAGCUCCAAUCAUUGGCACGCAAAUGAUAGCCUGGGGCGUCUAGACAUCCCUAUACGGAGCUUGACCCCUGGUGAAACACACACAGUAGAGGAGAUGCUGGACGAAGGCGAUGUCGUGCGAGAGGAUCGCAAGCGUCCCCGCAUUCAAGUUGAAGUGCAGCUGUUGUGUCCCGAUCAGUUGGCAAAUCCGUCCUCAAGGCAGAAGCAAUUCCAGCACAACUUGGCCUUACAAGAAAGCCGCAAGAAGAAGGAAAACAUGGUGCCACUGCCUUCCUUCAAAGGCUUUGGGCCGGAAGCUCUGGCGCGACCUGAUCACCACUACAAAGUGGCAGAGAUUGGCGAGGCGCGCAGGCUCAACGAGUAUGAGUCCUCGGCCUGUCGCUUGGGCCAAUAUGACUACUCAGGGCCACCACCUUACUUCCCACGACAACAGAUGAUUGACAAGCGCCAGUGGAAGGAUGAUCCGUUUUUCGGCUGGCGUAGAGAGCUGAACCGCGCUGAGCACAAGAUGGGCCAUUUGGAGGGCCCUGGCCCUAACUUGGAGCUCGAAGAGGUCGGUGAGGCCUGGAAGGGCGAUCCCUUCCACGCCUGGCGGAGCCAUCAGCAAGGGCCUCAAGAGGGCAACAUCGAGCAGCUGCAGGAGGCGCGUGCGGCACGCAACCUGAUGUCGCUGCCCUCCUUCUCGGAGGUGCCGGCCCGCCGAUUCAACGACCACCGUGAGUACAGUGACCACGUUGCGAGGCCGCAGCCGCAAUUAGCUGCGGGCCGGACAACGAACGAUGCUCCGGAACAGCGCUGGAAGGAUGACGCUUUCUAUGGUUGGUUGCCCGGGCGUGGGCCCAUUGAGGAGGAGCAGCACCGGCUGCGUCGGCCUUUGGAGCAGGCCCGAUUGGCUCGCCUACCAUCCUUUGCCGAGGGGGCACCUGAGCUGGCAGGGGUCACCGGACGCGGAGUUGGGAUCCUCACGCUUUGGAUCAAUGCAGCUUCUAACCUGGCAUACAGCCACGGAAGCGGCUUGUACGGAACUCCUAGCCCAUGUGUCAAGGUUUCCAUGCAGGGUCAGCGUGGGCGAGCCAGCCAUGCGAGGGAGAAGAUGACACCGACCAUUGCUAGGAACCGCAAUCCGCAGUGGAACACCCCGGCAAUGGUGUUGGAGGUGCAUUCUGUCGCAGAUGUGUUGCAGCUGGAAGUGCUUGACCUUGCCAAUCCCAGAGUGGACGAGCACAUACACCACUACUUCCUGGGCCGUGCGCAGCUACCCAUUCAGCGCAUUAUCGCAGCAGUGCAUAGAUCAAAGAAUCCCAGUCGGCCGCUGCAACUUCGCGAGAGCUUGGAAGGCUCGCAAGCGCAGGCUCAAAUCGAUUUCGAGUGCAUCUACGAGGCCUAUGACACUGAAGCAUCACCAGCCAGUCAAACCCUGAGCCCGCCAAGAGAUCGAGAUCGGUUUCAAUCUCAGCUAUCGGCAAGUCCACAGAGCUCGCCCGGCCAGUCAAAGCGGCAAUCCUCAGACAUGGGGGGCCUUGGCAUUCUUUCCGUCCGCAUCAUCGCUGCCUACAACUUGGUGAAUGCAGACACCGGCAUCCUGGGGGAUGUCUCGGAUCCCUACGUGACCGUUCGACUGGAGAGCCAGAGCGAGAAGCAACGAAAGCGAACCCAUACCAUCAACAAUGAUCUGAACCCCAAGUGGAAUUCAUCACCCUUCCUUUUCCCCAUCCAGCAUCCAGAAGACCAGCUGCUCCUCGAGGUCUACGACGAGGACAUGAUGGGCUCUGAUGAUUUCCUGGGCCGGAUGAAGAUCCCCCUGUAUCGCAUAAUCCACGGCCGUGCAAACCAGCCGGUCAGAAUCCGGGACCAGCUGCAGGACAUUGAGACCGGUGAGCUGGAGUUGGAGAUCGGAUUCUCGCCCGGGUAG